GAUAUGGCGGCGGAGCGCGAACGCGAGAUGGGCGUGUUCCAGGCGCAUCGUGCGUCACAAGCCGGGACAUGUGAAGCGAUCGUGGGCAAGCGCGAAGUGCAGUCACUGCAGCAGCAGAGGCGUGCCCGUGCCUCCCCAUGAUUAAAGCUCGCCCAACCGCUGUUCCCUGAGCCGACGACUCCUUCCCUCCCUCACCCACCAGCUCACAGCGUUCGCAUUCCACGCGCCUCCAGACGUUGCUCUUGGUUCAGAUCGCAAACCACAUCCAUCUCAUCGUCGCCGCGCACAUCGACUACCACACAUCGAUCCCAGUAGCAUCACUACCACCAGCAUCAUGAAGGCCGCUUUCACCGUUCUCGCCAUUGGCGCCACCCUUGCCGCCGCUCAGGACCUCGCCUCGCUGCCAUCGUGUGGGCAAACAUGCAUCAACAACAUGCUGGCGCUGGCUCCAUCGCUCGGCUGCCCAGACGCCCAGGCCGACUGCUUGUGCCGCAACGCUGACUUCGGCUUCGGUGUGCGCGACUGUGCCAACCAGGCUUGCGGUGACGCUGCUGCUGCUCAGCAGGUCAUCGCCUACGGUACCCAGUACUGCGGUGGCGCUCUUGCUGGCGGCGACGACUCCAACGGAGGUGCAGGCGGUGCCGGAGGUGCUGGAGGUGCCAGCGGCUCUGCUUCCGGUUCUGGCGCAACCCCAUCUGCCACCGGCAAUGGCGACGACAGCGAGGAGGGCGGUGCUGCCGGUGCUGCUGCCAUCACCACUUCUGCCUUGACUGCUCUGGUCUCUGCCUCUGACUCGACCUUCGUCACCACCACUGGUUUCACCACCAUCUUCGACACUGCCUCAGGCGGUGCUGCGGGCGCCGCUCCAACCGGCACCAACAGCGAUGGCCAGACCACCGACUCCGCUGGCAACGUCGUCAGUGCUACUGAGACUCCAACCGACGCCAUGGGAAGCGCAAGCGCUGCUGCAUCCAGCGUGACCGAUGCUGCCGGCUCUGCCGCCUCCAGCGCCAGCGACGUUGUCAUGUCGGCGACUGACAGUGGCAACGGAGCUGCCAUGAUGACCGCUGCACCAAUGCUUGCCGCUGGUGUUUUGGCCAUGCUCGCGCUCUAAGCACAUCGCUGACCGAUUUCUUUCUUCAUCAACAUGAGGACGACGAGCGUUAUCCGCGCUCUGAUUACGACUUUACGAUACAGCCGAAGUCGACUUACAGGGGCAUUUUGCGAGAGGUUUGGGGCAUUGCGGAAUGAUACCACACUUGGGCAUUGAGCGAGCCUUCUGCCUCGCAGUCUUGUAUUGAGCAUAUGCGUCGACGAUUCUGACGAUAUAAUAUUUUAAGCGUUACUUCGAAGUAGCCAUCAAUCAAAUGGAACAACUUUCGAAGCAUUGAUUGAGCGUUCCUCCAUUGUC